AGUGCGCUUGUUUCCAUGCACCUGUACUCCCCGCAGGCCCGGGCGGGUACAAAAAAAAAAAAAGAGGCUUGAAGAGAGAAAUGGGUGAAGUUUAUGAGAAGUCAUGGCUUACUGGGAUUUGGAGAUUCUGCAACGUGUCCAUGUCUUUAUUCUUCACUCUUGCUACAUAUGUGCAGAUUAAUGAUCCAGACGCAGGGCUGUGGAUGGUCGGUUAUGGAGUUCCUGCACUUCUGUGUGCACUUCUGAGCUUGAAACCACACGUGACAGAGACUUUGGCCUGGAGGCGUGUCGCAGAUCUGCAUGUGAUGAUCUCCAGCGCUGUUGUGUUCAUGUUGGGGUGGAGAGUUCACAAGGAGAGGUUAACUGAGAUCUUCCAGCAGGAGGAGGGCAGGGAAUUCUCUGGUCUCAUGUUGACGCUUGUUUGGCUUCUCCUGUGUCGUCACUCUGGAAGGGCUCCAGUGGGCAUGCUCAGAGUCUCCACAGCUGCAGCCAUCACAGUGUUCCCCUUUGUGGCCUGGCUUUAUUACUACAUCAACAAAGAGCUCAGCAUGAACUGGCCUUCACAUUGUAAAACUGCUAUAUAGACAUCAACCAAUCACAUUUAUAUAUUGGUAUAUUAUUUUGUCUUUCUGAAUGGGAAUCAUGGACCAAGAAUGCUGCUUAAAUUACCUCUGAAGUAUUAUAUAUAUAACAUUUUGAUAAAUGGUGCUAAUAAAUGUUUUAAUUUGAAAGAAAA